UACAAGUCACAGCACCUGGAGACCCCACCACCGUCCCUCACGCGCGCGCGCACACACACACACGAAAACUCCUCUCUAAUUCUUCACCCAUUUCAAAUCAUAGCUAAUAGAAAUUGAUUAUUUCAAUCAUCGGCUAUUUGCUGUGUGCUAAUCAAUGGCCGUAUUUCGUCGGCGAUCAUUAGAUUUUGCUCAAAUUAAAUUGUGAAACUCGUCGAUUGAAGCGAUCGGCGGUUGAUAUUUCACCAUGUUCGAAGCUCACGUUUUGCAUUUGCUUCGAAAAUAUUUGGGUGAGUAUGUCCAUGGGCUGUCGGCAGAGGCCUUGCGAAUCAGUGUGUGGAAAGGUGAUGUGGUUCUCAAAGACUUGAAAUUAAAGGCGGAGGCAUUGAACGCAUUGAAGCUUCCUGUUACUGUUAAAGCUGGUUUCCUUGGUACCAUAACCUUGAAGGUACCUUGGAAAAGUCUUGGUAAGGAGCCGGUCAUUGUUCUUAUUGAUCAAGUGUUCAUUCUUGCAACUGCAACUGAUGGAAUGUCUCCGAAGGAAGAAGACCGGGAAAAGCUUUUUGAGGCCAAACUACAACAAAUUGAUGAAGCAGAAUCAGCAACACUAGAAGCAAUAUCAAGAUCAAAGCCAGGAAAUCCACCAGCUGGAAAUUCUUGGCUGGGUUCACUAAUUGCUACAAUUAUCGGCAACCUCAAGAUUUCUAUUAGCAAUGUUCAUAUCAGAUACGAAGAUUCCUUGAGCAAUCCAGGACAUCCAUUUUGUUGUGGCAUUACCCUUGCGAAGCUUGCUGCUGUUACCAUGGAUGAGCAGGGAAAUGAAACGUUCGAUACAAGUGGUGCUUUAGAUAAAUUGCGAAAGUCAUUGCAACUUGAAAGGCUUGCUAUGUAUCAUGAUUCCAAUCGUGGUCCCUGGCAGUUGGAUAAGAGAUGGGAGGAUCUUAGCCCUCGGGAAUGGAUUGAGAUCUUUGAAGAUGGCAUUAAUGAAUCUUCAAAAGGUAGCAGCCGGGCGUCCCCCUGGGCUCAAGACCGACGCUACUUAGUUUCGCCAAUCAACGGUGUUCUUAAAUACCAUCGUCUAGGAAACCAGGAAAGAAAUGAUUCAAGUGUACCUUUUGAGAAGGCUUCUCUUGUCAUCCCUGAUGUUUCUUUGACAAUUACAGAGGCUCAGUAUCAUGACUGGAUUAAACUUGUGGAGGUCAUAUCGACUUACAGGAAACAUGUCGAAGUCUAUCAUUUAAGACCCGGACUACCAGUUUCAGGGGGUGCCGCCUUAUGGUGGCGUUAUGCUGCUCAAGCUGGGUUGCAGCAGAAGAAGAUGUGCUACCGGUUCUCUUGGGAGCAAAUCCAGCAUUUAUGUCAUCUUCGUAGACGAUAUGUGCAAUUAUAUGCUGAUUCUUUGCAGCGGUUAAAUGUAGAUAAUUCUGAAAUAAGAGACAUUGAAAAAGACCUGGAUCCCAAAGUUAUUUUACUAUGGAGGUUUCUUGCCCAUGCAAAGGUUGAAUCAGUAAAGUCGAAGGAAGCAGCCGAGCAGAGAAUGCUAAGAAAAGGCAGCUGGUUUUCCUUGAGAUGGCGAAGCACUUCCGAUGACGACUCUGCAAUUGACACUUCGAAUGUAUCUCGGUCAGUGGAAGAGAGAUUGACUAAGGAGGAAUGGGAAGCGGUCAAUAAGCUGCUAAGCUACCAGCCAGAUGAGGAUUUGGCUCACGCUGGAAAGGGUGUGAACAUGAUACACUAUAUGAUAGUUGUAUCUAUCAGUAAAGCAGCUGCUAGGAUUGUUAAUAUUAAUGAUACUGAGAUCGUUUGUGGUAGAUUUGAAAAUCUUAAUGUUUCCACUAAGCUUAAACAUCGGAGCACCCAAUGUGAUGUAACGUUGCAAUAUUAUGGAUUUUCUUCUCCUGAAGGAUCUCUUGCCCAGAGUGUCUCCAAUGAGCAGAAGGUGAAUGCAUUGCAAGCUAGUUUCGUUCAUUCUCCAGCUGGAGAAAAUGUAGAUUGGCGGCUGUCAGCAACAAUUUCGACUUGUCAUGUUACGGUUCUUGUGGAAAGUUAUAAUCGCUUUCUACAUUUCGUGAAGAGAAGCAGUGCUGUUAGUCCUACUCUUGCGUUGGAAACUGCAACUGCUUUGCAGCAUAAAAUUGAAGAAGUGACCCGGAGAGCUCAGGAGCAAUUUCAAAUGGUCUUAGAAGAACAGAGCAGAUUUGCUCUUGACAUUGAUCUUGAUGCUCCCAAAGUUAGAGUUCCUAUAAGAUCUUCAACCUCCACUGGAAAUGACAGCCUUCUUCUAUUAGAUUUCGGUCAUUUCACUUUACAAACAAGGGAGGAUGGUCAAUUCCACGACCAUGGGCACAGUCUGUAUUCUACUUUUCAUAUUACUGGAAGGGAUAUUGCGGCAUUCUUUACAGCUUCUAGUUCUGAGAAUCAGUCUUUCAAUUGGGCAUCCCAACCUCCUAUUGCUCCCAAUUCUGAAGUUGCUGACAAAUUCUAUUCUCUUAUCGAUAGGUGUGGAAUGUCUGUAAUUGUCGAUCAGAUUAAGGUACCUCAUCCAAGCCAUCCAUCAACGCGCAUAUCUGUCCAAAUCCCAAGCCUUGGAAUACACUUUUCUCCUGACAGAUAUUUCAGGCUUAAUGAAUUGCUGAAUUUAUUCAAUGGUGCAACACCUAAUGAUGAGCAACAUACAAUAGAAAACUCUCAAACUGGUCGUGUCCCCUGGAGUCCCCUAGAUCUGGCAACUGAGGCCAGAAUUCUUGUUUGGAAGGGAAUUGGCUAUUCAAUUGCUGCCUGGCAACCAUGUUUUCUUGUCUUAUCUGGAUUAAUCCUUUAUGUGUUGGAAUCUGAAUCUUCGCGGAGCUAUCAACGUUGCUCAAGCAUGGCUGGUAAACAAGUAUAUGAUGUUCCUCCAACAAAUGUUGGUGGUUCGCCAUUUUGUAUUGCUUUGAGCACCAGAGGCAUGGAUAUAAAAAAGGCUCUGGGGUCUUUUAGUACUCUGAUACUGGAGUUUCGAAGUGAGGAGGAUAAGUCAACUUGGUUGAGGGCACUUGUACAAAGUACAUACCGAGCUUCUGCCCCUCCUUCAGUUAAUAUACUUGAUGAACUAAGAGAUGAUCAACUAGAGUUUGCUGAAUCUCGGGCCAAUAAUGCAAGAGCAGCUGAUCUUGUUGUCAAUGGAACAGUGGUAGAAACUAAAUUGUCAUUAUAUGGAAAGCUUGGAGAUGAGGAGCAUGAGAGGACACAUGAGAAGCUCAUCCUCGAAGUUCUUGCUGGUGGAGGGAAGGUCCAUGUCUCUAGUUGUACAAGUGACUUGACCUUAAAAAUGAAGCUCAAUUCUUUGAAAAUUAUGGAUGAACUUCGGGGAUCUGUGACUACACACUCACAGUAUUUAGCUCGUUCAGUGUCCAUGGAUCAGCAUUCUCCUAGCUCCCCUAAUAUUUUAGAACCUCAAGAGAAGGACCUGUUUGAAGUAACAGUUGAUGAGGAUGAUAUCUUCACAGAUGCUUUGCCUGAUUUCUUGACUUUGCAUGACACUGCUGAAAUCCAUGAGAAGGAUCUCUCUAGGGUAAAAAGUAUUUCCAAUGAUGUCUUCUAUGAGGCAAUGAGCUCUGAUGAUUCUGAUUUUGUGUCUGUUACAUUCUUGACAAGGAAUCCUGGUUCUCCUGAUUAUGAUGGUAUAGAUACACAGAUGAGUAUUCAGAUGUCGAAAUUGGAAUUCUAUUGCAACCGGCCUACUCUUGUUGCUUUGAUCAACUUUGGUUUUGACCUAAGCUCUGCAGAUAGAGGGGUUAGUGGUACAAAUGAAAGUCCUGAUGAAGACACUCCAGGAAACAAAGACAAGACUGAAGAACAUGGACAUGCGUCAGGCGUCACGGGAUUACUGGGGUAUGGGAAAGGUCGUGUCGUUUUUCAUUUGAACAUGAAUGUUGAUAGCGUUACCAUGUUUCUUAAUAAGGAGGAUGGUGCUCAACUUGCCAUGUUCGUGCAAGAAAGUUUUCUUUUGGAUAUUAAGAUUCAUCCAAGUUCAAUUUCUAUCGAGGGUACUUUAGGAAACUUUAGACUGCGUGAUCUGUCACUUGGGUCUGAUCACUGUUGGGGUUGGCUUUGUGAUUUGCGGAACCAAGAAGCUGAAUCCCUAAUACAGUUUACAUUCAAUUCCUACAGCAUUGAAGAUGAUGAUUAUGAAGGAUAUGAUUAUAGUUUGAGUGGCCGGCUUUCUGCUGUUCGCAUUGUUUUUCUUUACAGAUUCGUCCAGGAGGUAAGUGCGUACUUCAUGGAGCUUGCCACCCCACAUACUGAAGAAGCAAUUAAACUUGUUGAUAAAGUUGGAGGGAUAGAAUGGCUGAUCCAGAAAUACGAGGUUGAUGGGGCAUCUGCUGUAAAACUGGACCUUUCACUGGACACUCCCAUAAUAGUAGUUCCACGAAAUUCACUGAGCAACGAUUUCAUGCAACUUGAUCUGGGCCAUCUACGGAUCAGAAAUGCAUUCAGUUGGUAUGGAUGUCCAGAGAAGGAUCCUUCAGCUGUUCAUCUUGAUGUUCUUGAUGCGGAGAUUUUGGGAAUCAAUUUGGCAGUUGGAAUCAAUGGCUCCAUCGGUAAACCAAUGAUACGUGAAGGAAGAGAAGUUCAUUUUUAUGUUAGGCGCAGUUUAAGAGAUGUCUUUCGCAAAGUCCCAACGCUGUCUUUGGAAGUUAAAGUGGGUUUGUUGCAUGCUGUGAUGUCCGAUAAGGAGUAUAAUGUGAUUCUUGAUUGUUUCUACAUGAACUUGUGUGAACAACCAACUCUUCCUCCCAGUUUCCGCAGUAGCAAAUCUUCUGCAAAAGAUACGAUAAGAUUGCUGGCUGAUAAGGUAAACAUGAACAGUCAGGUGCUUUUGUCGCGCACUGUUACGAUAGUGGCCGUUGAAGUUGACUAUGCAUUGCUAGAGCUGUGCUAUGGGGCUGAUCAGGAUUUCCCUUUGGCUCAUGUUAUUCUUGAAGGUCUUUGGGUGAAAUACCGGAUGACAUCAUUAUCAGAAGCUGACUUGUAUAUUACAAUACCUAAGUUCUCAAUUUUAGACAUUCGUCCCAAUACAAAAGCCGAAAUGAGGCUGAUGCUUGGGUCAUGUACUGAUGUCCCAAAGCAAAUGUCCUCUGAACAAAAUUUAGAUUUACCAAAUUCAACGAUGUUUUUAAUGGAUGGAAGAUGGCGACUCUCAUCACAAUCAUUUGUAGUUCGGGUGCAGCAACCUCGUGUCCUUGUUGUUCCUGAUUUUAUUCUGGCUGUCUGUGAAUUUUUUGUGCCAGCCUUGGGAACCAUAACUGGCAGGGAUGAAAUGAUGGAUCCCAAGAAUGAUCCAAUUUCGAGGAAGAAUAGCAUAGUUCUUUCUGCUCCUCUAUAUAAACAAAUAGAAGACGUAGUGCAUCUAUCUCCAAGUUGCCAACUCAUAGCGGAUGCUGUAGGAAUUGAUGAAUACAUAUAUGAUGGCUGUGGGAAGACUAUCUGUCUGUCCAAUGAGAAAGAAGUGAAAGAGUUGCAUUCAUCGGGAGCGGGGCCCAUCAUUAUCAUAGGGCGGGGUAAGAGGUUGAGGUUUGUGAAUGUAAAAAUUGAGAAUGGCUUACUUUUGAGGAAAUAUACAUAUUUGAGCUAUGAUAGUUGCUAUUCAGUUUCCCGAGAAGAUGGUGUUGAAAUUUCCUUCCAGGAUGAUAAUUAUCUGAAUAGAAACUGGAAAGACUCAGAUCACUUGGAAGAAAUGUCGCACACUUCAGAUGCUUCUGGCCCAGUUCAAUGUGAAUCAAGUAAAAUGCCAAGUUUCAGUUUUGAAGCCCAGGUUGUUUCUCCUGAAUUCACCUUCUAUGACAGCAGUAAGUCUUUCCUGGACGAUUCUAUGCAGGGUGAAAAGCUUCUGCGUGCAAAAACUGAUUUCAGCUUCAUGUAUGCGUCAAAAGAAGAUGAUAGAUGGAUACGGGGCCUUCUCAAGGAUCUAACUCUAGAGGCUGGUUCUGGUCUUGUUGUCCUUGACCCAGUGGAUGUAUCUGGGGGAUAUACUUCUGUGAAAGAUAAAACAAACAUAUCACUGAUGUCUACCGAUAUAUAUGCUCAUCUUUCUUUGAGUGUUAUUUCCCUUUUACUUAAUCUUCAAAGUCAGGCAUCUACAGCACUGCAAUUGGGAAAUGCUGACCCCCUGUCGCCUUGUACAAAUUUUGAUCGAAUAUGGGUGUCUCCAAAAGAGGAUGAAUGUCUCAACAACCUGACAUUUUGGAGGCCUAGAGCUCCGUCAAACUAUGUAAUUUUGGGUGAUUGUGUAACAUCAAGGCCAAAUCCUCCUUCACAGACAGUCCUGGCUGUGAGUAACACAUAUGGUCGUGUGCGGAAGCCUCUUGGUUUCAAGCUCAUUGGUUCUCUUUCGAGUAUUAGGGGACAACAGACUCGAGAAGUUCCUUCAGAUAGUGACAGUGACUGUGCUCUUUGGUUACCUGUUGCACCUCCUGGUUACUUGGCAGUAGGAUGUGUCGCACAUGUGGGAAGUCUACCACCUCCAAAUCAUGUUGUUCAUUGUAUUCGUUCUGACCUGGUGACAUCCACAACAUAUUCAGAAUGCCUACUGCAUACGUCUGCUAAUCAUUUAUUUGAAUCUGGAUUUAGCAUUUGGCGACUAGACAACUGUGUGAGGUCAUUUUAUGCCCAUCCAUCAGCUGGCUGCCCUUCCAAAGACUGUUGCUUUGACCUGAAUCAUCUUCUUCUUUGGAACUCUAGCCAGCGACAAUCUUUAUUGGAUGAAUCUGUAUUGGAUUUUAACAGCGAACAGGAAAAUGCAUGCCCUCAGACAAGCAACAGGGGUGCAACUUCAUCUGGUUGGGAUGUUUUAAGAUCAAUUUCUAAAGCAAGCUCAUUUUACAUGUCAACCCCAAACUUUGAGAGAAUUUGGUGGGACAGAGGUGGUGAUAUUCGCCGACCAUUUUCAAUAUGGAGACCUAUACCUCGCCUUGGAUAUGCCAUACUGGGUGACUGCAUAACUGAAGGAUUGGAACCUCCUCCAUUAGGCGUAAUUUUCAAGGCUAAUGACCCUGAAAUUUCUGCAAAACCUGUACAAUUUACAAAAGUUGCGCAUAUUGUGAAGAAAGGCCCAGAGGAAGCAUUCUUCUGGUACCCUAUUGCCCCUGCUGGUUAUGCGUCUUUGGGAUGUAUAGUAACACAACACGAUGAAGCACCUCCAUUGGAUUCUAUUUGCUGCCCAAGAAUGGAUUUAGUUAGCCAAGCUAACAUAGCUGAGAUGCCCAUCUCGAGAUCAUCAAGUUCAAAGGCAUCUCAUUCUUGGAGUAUUUGGAAAGUUGAGAAUCAGGCUUGCACAUUUCUUGCUCGUUCUGACCUGAAAAAGCCAUCUAGCAGAUUAGCAUUUGCUAUUGGUGAUACAGUGAAGCCAAAGACACGGGAUAACAUAACAGCUGAGAUGAAAAUAAGAUGUUUUUCUCUGACUAUUUUGGAUAGCUUGUGUGGAAUGAUGACUCCACUCUUUGAUGCUACAAUUACUAACAUCAAGCUGGCCACACAUGGUCGAGUUGAGGCGAUGAACGCAGUGUUGAUUUCUUCCUUUGCCGCAUCAACUUUUAAUAUUCAUUUAGAAGCAUGGGAGCCACUUGUUGAGCCAUUUGAUGGAAUAUUUAAGCUUGAAACAUAUGAUACCAACUUAAGCCAACCGGUAAGGGUAGCCAAAAGAAUGCGAAUUGCUGCUACCAGUAUUUUGAAUGUGAAUCUGAGUGCUGCAAAUGUUGAUACCUUAGCACAAACCAUAGAUUCAUGGAGAAAGCAGAGGGAACUUGAAGAAAAAGCAAUGAGAUUGUUUCAGGAAGCUUCGGGUCCUGAUGCAUCUGACCAAAAUUCAACCCAUCUGGCUUUGGAUGAAGAUGAUUUUCAAACUGUGACAGUGGAAAAUAAACUUGGGUGUGAUAUAUACCUGAAGAAAACUCAGGACGAUUUUGAUACCGCCAGUUCACUGCACCAUGAUGAUUUUGCUGCCUUGUGGAUACCACCUCCAAGGUAUUCUGACAGAUUAAAUGUUUCGGAUGACUCAAGGGAACCUCGAUGUUACGUUGGAAUUCAAAUACUUGAAGCAAAGGGUUUACCUCUUCUUGAUGAUGGAAACAGUCAUCGAUUUUUCUGUGCUUUGCGCUUGCUUGUAGAGAAUCAGGAAGCUAGUCCCCAGAAGCUUUUUCCUCAAAGUGCGAGAACAAAGUGUGUUCAACCAUUGACUACUAAAGUAAAUGAUUCGAAUGAAGGCACAGCUAAAUGGAACGAACUUUUCAUUUUUGAAGUUACUCGUAAGGGAACGGCUAAGUUGGAGGUGGAAGUUACAAAUCUUGCUGCAAAGGCUGGUAAAGGCGAGGUUGUGGGUGCUUGUUCAUUUUCUGUUGGACAUGGAACAAGCAUGUUGAAAAAGAUUGCUUCUGUUAAAAUGAUCCAUCAAACAACCAAUGUUCAGGGUAUUGCAUCUUAUCCCCUAAAAGGAAGGGGGCAAGAUAAUGAUGAAAUGCAUUCUCGUUGUUGCCUUUUUGUAUCUACUUCUUACGUUGAGAAAAGCAUGGUUACUGAUGUAGACAAUAAACGGGGAGAUGAGAAUGAGUUAGAUGGGGAUAUGGGUUUCUGGGUUGCACUUGGCCCUGAUGGUCCCUGGCAUGGUUUUCGUUCAUUACUCCCUCUAUCAGUCAUUACGAGGAAACUGGAAGAUGAUUUUGUGGCUUUAGAGGUUUCAAUGAAAAAUGGCAAGAAGCAUGCAGUUUUCAGGGGCUUUUCUACCGCUAUAAAUGACUCAGAUAUUAAAUUGGACAUUUCUAUAUGCCAUAUCUCGGUGAUUAAUGGUAAUGAUGUUUCUUCUGGGAUAAGCAGUAAUAACAUAGUCGUCGAAGAGAUUUUCGAGAAUCAACAAUAUCAUCCAGCCUCUGGUUGGGGUAAGAAUGAAUAUGGUUCUCCUGAUAAGGAGCCAGGGCGUUGGAGUACUAGGGAUUUCUCAUAUUCAUCUAAAGAAUUCUUUGAACCUCCUCUUCCCCCUGGAUGGACGUGGGCGUCAACGUGGACAGUUGACAAAUCUCAGUUUGUUGAUACUGAUGGUUGGGCUUAUGGCCCUGACUUUCAAAGCUUAAGAUGGCCUCCGACUUCUCCAAAGUCAGGAAUGAAGUCAGCUCGUGAUGCUGUCCGUCGAAGGCGCUGGACGCGCACAAGGCAAGAGCUUGAUCACUGGUCGAAACCAAAGCAAAGUUUUCUUGACAUUACUCUGUUUCCAGGUUGCUCUACAGUUUUACCAUGGAGAAGCUUAUCCAAGGACUCUAGACAGUGUCUACGAAUUCGUCCAUCCAGUGAUAAUUCUCAAACUUCUUAUGCUUGGGGCCGUCCAGUUUCUGUCGAGAAGGACGCAUUAUCUGUAGACCAAGGUUUACUUGCUCGUCAAAGUAGCCUGAAGCAUGAAACUAAGACCGGAAUUUCUCCACUGAGGCUAGAUCAGCUAGAGAAGAAGGAUCUUCUUUGGUGUUGCCCUGGAUCUAGUGGUAGAUUAUUUUGGCUCUCCAUUGGCACAGAUGCAACAGUUCUUCAUACAGAUCUUAAUACCCCUGUAUAUGAUUGGAAAAUAUCAGCCAGCUCCCCGUUGAGGUUGGAGAACAGACUUCCUUGUUCUGCAGAAUUCAAAAUCUGGGAAAGGCUGAGAGAUGGUAAAAACGUAGAAAGACAGCAUGGUCUUGUUUCAUCCCGUGGGACUGUACACAUAUACUGUGCUGACAUACGGAAUCCGAUAUAUGUAAUGUUAUUUGUUCAGGGUGGUUGGGUCAUGGAAAAGGACCCUGUUCUUAUCUUGGAUAUAUCAUGCGGUAAUCAUGUUUCCUCAUUUUGGAUGCUUCACCAGCAGAGGAAAAGAAGGUUAAGGGUCAGUAUUGAGCGCGACUUGGGAGGAUCUGCAGCAGCCCAAAAAACAAUAAGGUUUUUUGUUCCUUACUGGAUAAGUAAUAAUUCCUUCCUCCCAUUGGCAUAUAGAGUGGUGGAAAUUGAACCGUUGGAAGGUGCGGAUAUGGAUUCUCUUUUGAUCUCCCAAGCCGUUAAAUCUGAAAAAUCAGCAUCCAGAUAUCCUUCAACCUCAGUGGUCGGGAGACAGGUUGGUAUGAGGAAAAACAUUCAAGUACUGGAAGCUAUUGAGGAUACUAGUCCGAUACCAAGUAUGCUUUCUCCACAAGACUACAUUGGCCGUGGUGGUGUUAUGCUGUUUUCAUCACGGAAUGAUACGUAUCUGUCCCCAAGGGUGGGUAUUGCUGUUGCCAUUCGGAAUUCUGAGAAUUUCAGUCCUGGGGUACCACUUCUUGAGUUGGAGAAAAAGCAAAGAGUUGAUGUGAGGGCAUUCCGCUCUGAUGGAAAUUACUACAAGCUUUCAGCUGUGCUGCAGAUGACUUCAGACAGAACAAAGGUGAUACAUUUCCAACCGCACACAAUGUUUGUUAACAGAGUUGGGAGUAGCAUAUGCCUGCAGCAAUGUGAUACUCAAUCGCUAGAAUGGCUUCAUCCUACUGAACCUCCCAAACAUUUUGGAUGGCAGUCUGGAAAAGCCGAGUUGCUUAAGUUGCGGAUGGACGGGUAUCAGUGGAGCAAACCGUUCGCGAUUGGUUCUGAAGGUCAAAUGUCCAUAUGCUUGAGCAGUGAGCUAGGAAGUGAUCAAAUGAAUCUUUCGGUUAGAGUAAGAGGUGGGACAAAGACCUCAGGCUAUGAAGUUAUAUUCCGUCCUGAUUCGUUUUCAAGGCCUUACAGAAUAAAAUUUCGGCAAGUCGAUGGUUCUGAGGACUCUUGGAAGUCUCUACUUCCUAAUGCUGCCGCUUCUUUUUCAUGGGAAGAUCUUGGCAGAGAACGAUAUUUGGAACUAUUAAUAGAUGGAAAUGAUCCCAAGACAUCACAGAAGUACGAUAUUGAUGAGAUUAAAGAUCAUCAGCCCAUCCAGGCUGCUGGAGGAGAACCUAGGAGAGGUCUACGAGUCACUGUCAUCAGGGAAGAGAAAGUAAAUGUUGUUAAAAUGAGCGAUUGGACGCCAGAAACUGACGUAACUACACUUUUAGAUCGAAGUCUUUCAUCUGUACAACAAAUCUCCGAAAGUAAGUCCCAGCUUCGGCCGUCAACAUCCGUCUCAGGUUGCGAAUUUCAUCUGAUCCUUGAAGUUGCGGAGCUUGGGUUGUCCAUUGUUGAUCAUACACCUGAAGAGAUAUUAUAUUUAUCCCUGCGAAAUUUUCUGCUGUCAUAUUCCACAGGACUAGACUCUGGAAUUAGUCGGUUUAAAAUAAGAAUGGGGGGAAUUCAGUUGGAUAAUCAGUUGCCUCUAACUCCAAUGCCAGUUCUCUUCCGGCCACAAAGAGUUGGCGAGGAUACUGAUUAUAUUUUGAAGCUUUCUGUGACUCAACAAUCUAGUGGAGCUUUAGAUUUGUGUAUAUAUCCUUACAUAGGUUUGCAAGGACCUGAAAAUACUGCCUUUUUGAUUAAUAUUCACGAACCAAUAAUUUGGCGGCUUCAUGCCCUGAUCCAGCAGGCUAAUAUAAGCAGGAUCUUUGAUACUCAGAACACUUCGGUUUCAGUUGAUCCCAUUAUUCAAAUUGGUGUUCUCAGUAUCUCAGAAGUUCGUUUCAAAGUAACCAUGGUUAUGUCCCCAACUCAACGCCCAGUGGGUGUCCUUGGAUUUUGGGCGAGCUUAAUGACUGCUCUGGGGAAUACUGAAAAUAUGCCAGUCCGUAUAAAUCAGAGAUUUCAGGAAAAUGUGUCUAUGAGACAUAGUGUUCUAGUCUGGAAUGCUCUCUCAAACAUAAAAAAGGACAUUCUCAGUCAGCCCCUGCAGCUGCUUUCGGGUGUUGAUAUUUUGGGCAAUGCAAGUAGUGCUCUUGGACAUAUGAGCAAAGGUGUUGCUGCGUUGUCCAUGGACAAGAAAUUCAUACAAAGUCGGCAAAGACAGGACAACAAAGGUGUGGAGGACUUGGGUGAUGUAAUUCGAGAAGGAGGAGGGGCCUUAGCUAAAGGCCUGUUCCGGGGAGUCACUGGCAUUUUAACCAAGCCCCUUGAGGGUGCAAAAGCAUCCGGUGUUGAGGGCUUUGUGCAGGGUGUUGGGAAGGGGUUGAUAGGUGCUGCCGCUCAACCUGUUAGUGGUGUUUUAGAACUUUUGUCAAAAACUACAGAAGGUGCUAAUGCAAUGAGAAUGAAGAUAGCAUCAGCUAUUGCUUCGGAAGAUCAACUCCUUCGCCGGAGGCUACCCCGAGCUAUUAGUGGUGAUAAUUUGCUUAGGCCGUAUGAUGAGUAUAAAGCACAGGGACAGGUGAUGCUGCAAUUAGCAGAAUGCGGAUCAUUUUUUGUUCAGGUUGAUCUUUUCAAAGUACGAGGGAAGUUUGCCUUAACAGAUGCCUAUGAGGACCAUUUCCCACUUCCCAAAGGCAGAAUCCUUGUGAUCACUCAUCGAAGAGUUAUACUGUUGCAACAACCAUCCAACCUCAUUGGACAGAAAAAAUUCAACCCCGCCAGAGAUCCGUGUUCAGUGCUUUGGGAUGUCGUGUGGGAUGACUUAGUGACAAUGGAACUCAUUCAUGGGAAGAAAGAUCAGCCUAAUGCUCCACCUUCACGAGUUCUAUAUUUACAGAGUAAAUCAUUAGAUGCGAAGGAUCAAACUCGCAAGAUAAAGUGUGAACGUGAUUCUGGUCAAGCAUUCGAGGUUUAUUCUUCAAUCGAACAAGCAAGAUCUACUUAUGGGCCAACACAGUCAAUGGACUUACUAAAGAGGAAAGUGAGGAAGCCCUAUUCUCCUGCAAUUGAUGCUGUAAUUCCUAAAGGAGGAUACAUGUUGUCACCCACCCUACCAGAUGCCUUUAUCACUAAAUUCAACUCUUGGUGCAGUGAAUAAUGAUCAUUAUGGCAAAGUAACUGCUGCUAUAGAGCAUGCUCAAAGGUCGCUAACAGGACGAGGGAUAUGCGAUCCAAUAGGUGAAGCCGUCUGCAAGCUAAGAUAUCGGCUGGCUCAUUUUCUUCAACCUCAAUUAUCCCCACUUCAGCUUCGGAAAACAAAAUAAGGAACAGUUUUGUUAUGGAAUUACAUCAGUUUUGCACAAGGAUUUCACUCAAAAGCGUAGAAGUCAGAAUACAGGCCAAUGGCCAUGAGUACUGUGGUGCUGUGCCUGUCCUUAGGUGCCAAGAAAGCCUAAAUGAAAGACCUCAAGAAACACUGGACAGCUGCAAAGAAAUUGUGCUCAUCUCAAGUCCUGUGGAGAAGGAAACGGUUGUUUCCUGAAAUCAUAUAGCAGCAAAGCAAGUUGCACUCUGGCCAACUGUUAAUUUGAUUCUCUUCAUGCUUUUCUGCUGUGAUGUAGAGUUGUCAUCCAGAACCCUAUGCUUCUUAAGACGAUUCAAGAAUCUAUAUGUGUUGGUGCAUAUCAAGCAUCUCAUGCUUUUUUGGGAAGAUGGAACAUUCCUGUAUAUAUUUAAGUCAAGUUUUCCUAAAAUGUACUGUUGUCCGUCUCAUGUAAAUAAUUAUCAGAAUAUCAUUGGUAUAUAUUCAUUUUGUUGCAGAAUGUUGCUAGGCUUGGUUGGCCUUUCUGACCGCAGUUCCAAUUUGGUAAAUAGAUUUAGCAAGCACAGAAAUAUAUUGCCAAUUUAGCUGGAACCGCUUUCUAUUCUUAGUGCCAUAUGGAAAUUCCUGUUCACUUUUUCUCUUCGGAAUUCUGACUGAAUUAGGGUAGGGUGGCUUUGUUAAUAUCAAAUGCAGAGCCAGCUGACCUCGCCACUGAAUGAAAAAUAGCUCUUACAUGUUUGCUUUCA